CAGAAUCUUCUUCAUGUUCGUAAACAUGUUCUAUGCCAAGGAAUUCACAGCACCUCAGAUGGGCAUUUUCAAACACGAAAACUAUCAAACUCUUAAGACAGAACACUUUGUGGAAUCCAAGUUGUCUCAUGGCUCGGGUAUACAUCCAUGAGCUACAAUAGAGGCCUUCUGAUUUCUGUGUGUCAUUACCGAACUGUGUUUAGAGCUCUUCAAGUUGAUAUCUUCAGGAUGUCUGACUCUGGCAAUGGAGCAAAGCCAGAACCUACAUAUACCUCAACCUCAACUCAAGAAAAGGUUCAAAGUACUAACAGCAAGGCCAGUUCAAAGUCCAAUGUACUUCAGACACCCAAAUCAUCUGGAAUUUCUCAAGUUUCUUUUGUGACAAAACAUUCGAGAAGCUGUACAAGCAGACAUGAGCAACAGACUUCAAGUUCAGUUGCCUCUGCAUUUGUCAAGCCUCCAACAGCAAAACUUUCCACCCAUCUGCCUUCCUCCUUUGUGGCAAGAAAGUUACACAAGUCACCAGACAAAAUGUCAGGCAAACUUUCCAGCAAGGACAAACUUAGUACUUCUGCAGAUCAAGCAGAAGCUAAGAGUGUAGAAUUGCAGCGUGAUUCAGAACUAGUUCCAUCUGCAACAUCAUCAGAUAUAAAACACACAACUCCCAAUCCUGACACCAAGGCACCACCUGGGGCAAUAAAGGUACGCAAGGUAGCAAAAAUGUCAGCAUUUCCUGAAGUUGAAAAAACUGACAAUGCUGUGUCACAUGGCAAAACAGCAGAGUUGCAUCCCCAACUUUUGGCAACAGAAACAUCAGCAUCAGCAAGCAAGGUAAAAGACUCACAUGUGCCAUUGAGUGUUGAAACUGUUCACUGCUCUCAGGUAAAUAAGGUAACCACAACUGACAACAGUGCAAACUCCAAACCUCAGACUGCUGCACAAGGAAGGAGGAAAAGGAAAACUGUGAGAGAAGAUCCUACAGAAAGGAAGACUAGGAAAUCUGGGAAAGAUAUGACGCGUUCUAGAGGUACGGCUGCAAAGGAUGUCCAACCAUCAGUGAAAGGAAGAAAACCUGCAAGAAGUCACACUGCCACUAAAGCUGCACACGUGAAGGGGGGAGUUAGGAGAGACAAAGAGAGCCAGUCAUCUCUUAAUUCUGUUUCAUACACCCUAAAGCAGGAACCAGAAUCCUUGGAACAGAGAGCUACGCAGAGAACUGAGUCAGAUACGUCAGGCACUGAAGCACCUUGUGGUCAUGGUGUAGCGAUGAAGGAACAAAAGCCUGCAUUAACAGACAAACAAGAAAUGACCUCCGAUCCUCCUGCAGAGUCAAACACUCAGAUCACUGAUCCUACAGAUAUGGAGUAUGUGGAAGGAGCUGAAUCAGGUGAAGAGGAGGAGGAUGGCACUUAUAACUUGACAGACCUCUUUGAUGAAGAAAAGCAGAGAGUUGCUUGGGAAGAGGAAACCCAACAGGUCAGCAAACACAAGAAGAAGAAGAAGAAAGCCAAGUGGUGGGAGAGGAAGAGGAAGCGGGGGAGGACAGGUGAAGCUGAGGAGGAAGUGGAGGAGGGAGAAGAAGAGGGAAAGGUCAAGAAGAAGAAGAGGGAAGCUAGGCCCAGACCUAACUACUUUGUGGCCAUCAGAGUGUCUACUGAAGAGAUCCACAGAGGUCUGAAGGCAGUACAGGAUGCCGUGUUGGAGCAGGAGCCAAACUUACAACCUGCCAUGAUCCCUCUCAUCAACAUGCACAUCACUCUCCUGGUCACACACCUGAGGGAGGAGCAGGUGGACAGAGCUAAGGAGGCCCUGAGGUUGGCUAAAGCCCGGUUGAACCCCAAGUUUCUCCGCCCAGACAACAGGCUGGUCCUGACCUUCCAGGGUCUGGGAACCUUCCGUAACGACGUGGUGUUCGCCAAGAUCCAGCAGAAUGGCCACUUGACCUCUCUACGAGAGCUGGCAGAAACUGUUCAGACUUGCUUUGUGGAGAAGGAGGUAUGCUCCAAGAAUGACAAGGGUUUUGAGCCACACCUCACCCUCAUGAAGAUGUCCCGCAACUUUGGGAAACUGAGAAGUAAAGGCAUCAAGAAGAUCGACCCCAAGCUAUACGAGGAGUUCCAGGAGGAGAGAUUUGGUGACCAGGUGGUGGAAGGCUUACAGCUCUGCUCCAUGCUGAAGAAGAAAGAAGCUGACGGCUACUACCACACGGAGGAACAAGUCAUGUUCGGCCUUGGCUUAGAGCACAUUCUGGCAAACAGCAUUGCCAGCAGAGCAGUCAGGGAAGCCCUUCUCCAGCUUGGGUGCAAACUCUUGGAACAGCAGGCAAAGUCCAACCCAGAGGCAGCUCUGCACACACUGAGUGACCACAUUGCUAGAUCUGUCAUUCAAGAUGCCCUGACUACACUAGAUACUGGUGAAAAUGUCAUUGAUACUAAGGACAAAGUGUUCAGGACAGACACAAUGAAAGCUAAGGUUUCAGAAUUAAGUGAGUCGCUAGGGACAGCUUUGGUUGUAGAAGCCAUACAGGAGGCAAGUAGCAAGAGUGUUGAAAACCACACAAGUAACAAAGAGGACGAAAAAAAUGUUGAGAAUAUUGCAGACCCCAGUGAAGGAAACAAUGGGCUUUCUUCUGUGAUUGAAAGUCAAAAUGAACUUUCUCCUUUGUCUGAAGAAAAUGUCAAAGAUAACAUAAUGAAUAUGUCUCAGGCACAGACAGGUGAAAGUCUAUCACCUGCUGGCCCUGCUGUGAAAAAAGGUAGAGAUGACAGUGGAAGCAGCUGUAAGUUGUCUGGAGAUCAGCUUAAAGACCUCAGUGAAAAGUUGGUGAAACAAAUAAUUGAGGCUGCCAUGGCCAAAGUACAGGAGUCUGAGAGUGGUUCUAAAAUAGGUGAAAAGUGAUGUUGUUUAAUCUUGUUUGUGGAAGAGCCAUAGUAUUGAUGGUACAGUCCUUUAGUGUCUGCAGAUGGAGCAGUAAGUUCAAUUUCAGGAUGAACAGAAGAUUUUGAACCUUGUGACUUUAAAAGUGUAUAAAUCACAUAGUAUACAUAGAAUGCUACUGAUUUAACAGUGAAGUCAGUUGAAGUGUAGUGAAGUCUACCUUGAUUAUUUUUUUGCUUUACCGAAGUGCCUUUACUUCAUCAUAGCAGUUUUAGGAAUUCUUAUGGAUUGUUUUAGACUUAAUAUGAUAAAUAAAUAAGCACUUGAUGGUUUGAAGAUUUAUUCAAAUCAUUGUAACACUAAGUUUUCUAUCUUAAAUAAAACAAAUUGUCAGAGCUAUGCCUUUUUAGUUUGAGUAUUUUUUAUAGGAUCAUUACCUGGAAGAUAUGUUGACGUCGUGAAGAUGAAGUUAGCAGUGAUGAAAAAGAAGUCGCAGAAAUGAAAAAAAAAAACUUUUCCAUGAGCUCAAGGACUAAAUCUGUUGUGUUAUGUACAUGAAUUUGCAAGGGCUUGCAUUAUUGGCUUUAAUAUU